GAGUCUUGGCUUAGUAGACUUUUGUCUGUCAUCGCUUGAGCAUCUCGUCAUCUCGUGUGGUGUAUUCCCGAAAUAUAAAAAAAAUCGCCAAUUAAACCAGAAUAAGAAAUAAUAUUAAAAAAACCCAAAAAAAUAUUUUUUUUUUGAAAAUGAGAUAUUCUUUGAAAACUCAUAUAAUUGCUUGUAUUAUAGCAGCUUUUUGUGUUAAUGGCUCAUUGUCGCAAAUAAAUCAACAGUGUUAUACCCCUGAUCGGGCAUUGGGCCAAUGUGUCAAUAUCGUAGAUUGUCCCGCGUCAUUGGAAGUUUUGAGAAAUGUCCAAAGAACCCCCCAAGAAACCCAAUACUUGCAGCAAAGUUUAUGCGCUCAAGUGGGUUCAGUUGUCUAUAUAUGCUGUAAGUUUCAAAAUCGAAACACCGCCAAUGAAAUAGGAUUGCUGCCAACAACUCGUGAAUGUGGAAAGUCCUUUGAAAAUCGCAUCAUUGGAGAUCAACCAUGUUUAAGUUCCAAAAAGACAAUGGGUACUUGCAUCAAUAUUGCCCAAUGUCCGCCUUUGCUGUCGUUGCUGACAAACCCCUUAAGAACCCCUGAAGAUACGCAGUUUUUACAACAGAACUUAUGUCAUCGUGAGGGAUCAAAUGCCUACGUCUGUUGCGUUCUGGAAAGCGGAAGUCGUUUCUAUGUGUCUGGGGAAAGUUUACUGCCCACUAUUCGUGAAUGUGGAAAAUCCUUUGACAAUCGCAUCUACUCAGGCAAUGUUACCAAAAUCGAUGAAUAUCCAUGGUUAGCUUUAAUUGAAUAUACAAAACCUGCGAAUGCCAAAGGCUUUCAUUGUGGUGCUACCCUUAUUAAUAAGCGCUAUGUAGUCACUGCCGCCCAUUGUGUAACUGGUGCUGGUCUGCCUGCAGAUUGGAAACCAACAGGCAUUCGUUUGGGAGAAUGGGAUCGCUCUACUGAUCCUGAUUGUACAAAAUCUGUUAAUAAUCGUCUUGAAUGUGCCGAUCCUCAUGUGGAUGUGGCCAUACAGGAGAUUGUCUUCCAUCCCAGCUACAAUUCACGUGAUCUCAAUCAUUUAUAUGACAUAGCUUUAAUUCGCCUCGCCAGAGAGGUGACCUAUACAGAUUUCGUCAGUCCUGUGUGCUUGCCCAUUCAGACUGAAUUGCGCCCAAGAACCUUUGAUGGCGAGAAAUUAGAUGUGGUUGGAUUUGGUGCUACAGAAACCGGUAGUAGCAGUGCUCUCAAACUAAAGGCCGGUGUGGAUGCUUGGAAUUUUGAAACAUGUCGCCAGAAAUAUGCUCCGAAAAAAGUCAAUCUACAGAAUAGUCAAAUGUGUGCUGGUGGUCAGGCUGGUGUUGACUCAUGCAGUGGAGAUUCUGGUGGUCCCUUGGUCAUCCAGCAGAGAAUUGAUAAACGUGAUGUAUAUGUUUUGGCUGGCAUUGUGUCAUUUGGUCCAAAGCCUUGUGGUUUGCCUGGUUGGCCAGGAGUUUAUACGCGUGUAGGAGCUUACGCCGAUUGGAUAUUAAACAAUAUUAAACCGUAGAUGUUUUGUUUUGUGUGUGUGUUUGGUUGAAUAAAUAUGUAUAUAUAUGGAA